AUGGACCGCCGAGGCUUCCAUUGGGGCUUGCGUCAGCUCGCCCAUUCCUCCCUGUGCACUGCCAUUGCGUUCGUUUCACAAGCCCGCGGGGACGACCUCAGCCAGUCAGCUCCUUACCAGCGCGUGGUGGCGUGGGCAGCGUCUCGCGCCUCCGGCGCCGAGUCACUCAGCGUCAUGCUGCGCGUCCGCGCAAUGCCGGCGGAGGGCCACUACUUCCCAGCUGCUGUGCAAGAGGGGUUGCUCACCCUGUUGCUGGGCCACAUGGCGCCUCCUCGUUGGAAAGGGAUAUCCACGCGCUUCGUCAGCCUGGGCACCCCCUCGGCUGCCGGCCCAUCCUACGCACACAGACGCGCUUGUGCCACACGCCAUGCCUGCAGCUUCGACGCCCAGUGGUGGCACCCCGCGACCGCGGGUUGCAUUGACAGGCGAGCAAGGGCCCAAGCCGCUGACGACUUCAUCGAGGCAGCGCCCCUUCCCACCGACGACAACGCGCUUUCCGGAGCUUCGCAAGGAGGCGCCGGCCACUCCGCCCUUGUUGGCAUCACGGCUCUUGCGUGGUCCAGCCUCGAUACCGUCGACCUCGCUGCCGACUUCGGCAGACCCAUGCAUACCAUGCAAAGUGUGCCUGUUUUUUUGCGAGCGGGCGUGCGACAAGCGUUCGUCUUCGCCUUGCGAGCUGUACGAGAAGCGUACACGCGCGGUGCGGCCCCCCAGCAGACCCGCGCUGGGAUUCUGUUCCUGCUCUCUCCGCGGUAG